AUGGAUCAGAAUCAGGUGUACAGUGGGUGUGUCACUGGGAAUAUUGAAGCGCGCAAAUGGUGGCAUCGACGUUGGGUAAAAAUCAUCGGCAUCUCUCUUGCCCUUUUAACAAUUUUUGCGGGUACGCUCACUCUUUUGUUAAAAUUUGUUAUUCUUGCACCAAAGCAGUUAGAAACUUCAACUGCAUUACCAAGGACAAGAACAUUAUCAACACCGCCGUCGCCAAUAACAGCAGUAUCAACACUGCUAUCAUCAGCAUCACGACAAACGAUAAAAAGUACCACAACCACUGUACAGCAGCCACAUGAUGAUAGCAAAAGAAUAUAUAUUGCUGAUUGGGGUAAUCAUCGUAUUGUUGAAUGGGAAUAUGGUGCAAACAAUGGUGAAGUUGUUACCGGUAGUAUUGCUAAUGGAAAUCAAAUCAAUCAAUUUAAUCUACCAACAGGUGUAACUCUUGACAAAAACAAUCAUUCGCUCAUUGUUUGUGAUUAUAACAAUAGACGAGUAGUACGAUGGUUCUAUCGAACUACUACAAGCCCACAAAUUAUCAUCUCUAACAUUGACUGUUUUGAUGUAAAACUGGAUAAGAAUGGAGAUCUUUAUGUUUCUGAUGUAAACAAAUGUGAUGUAAAACGAUGGACAGCAAAAGACUCAAAUGAAACGAUCGUAGCAGGUGGUAGAUGUGGAAAUAAUUUAAAGCAAUUGAUGUAUCUCAAUUUUAUUUUUAUUGAUCAAGAAUAUUCAGUUUAUGUCGCAGAUCGAGAUAACAAUCGUGUAAUGAAAUGGGUUAGAGGUGCACAAGAAGGUAUCGUUGUUGCUGGAGGACAUGGUCAAGGCAGCAGUGUCAAUCAGUUGUCUCACCCUCAUGGAGUGAUUGUUGAUCAAUUUGAUAAUGUUUAUGUGGCUGAUCAUAAAAAUCAUCGAAUAAUGCGUUGGUGA